AUGGCAGGCAAGGCAUCGAUCGCGCUGUUCCUCGCUGUGAACCUGGUCGUGUUCUCCAUGGCCAGCGCGUGCGGGGGGAACUGCCCGACUCCUGCCACACCAACCCCGUCGACGCCUUCGACGCCGACCCCAACCCCAGCCUCGUUCGGUAGGUGCCCGCGCGACGCGCUGAAGCUGGGCGUGUGCGCCAAUGUGCUGGGACUGAUCAAGGCCAAGGUGGGCGUGCCCCCCACGUUGCCGUGCUGCCCGCUGCUGGAAGGGCUCGUCGACCUCGAGGCCGCCGUGUGCCUUUGCACGGUGCUCAAGGCCAACAUCCUUGGCAUCAAGCUUAACCUCCCUAUCGAUCUCAGCCUUGUCCUCAACCACUGCGGCAGAAGCGUGCCCACCGGAUUCAAGUGCUAA